GGCCCGCGCGCGCGAAGUUGCAGUGUCGACUUAGUGCCUAUUCGCGAUCCAUCACCGUCAUCCCGGUAUCAUCUAAUAUCCACAACAACCCCCACUUCGACCUCCUUGAAGAAGAUAUCAUCGAUUCCGGAUGAAUGUACCAGUAGUUUCUGGAACUGUUCGCAAAGAACAUGCUGGUUCCGCCGGACAUGUUGGCGGCACAAUCAAAGAUGGUCUAUCAAAUCAAUAAGUAUUAUACCGAAAAGGUUCAAGUGCGCAAGCUGCAGGUCAACAAAACCAUACAAGAGGUAUGCCGCGUUGUUCAAGACGUCCUGAAAGAAGUGGAGGUGCAGGAGCCGCGUUUUAUCUCAUCGCUUACGGAUUACAACGGCCGAUACGACGGUCUCGACGUGAUAUCGCCGCACGAAUUCGAGGUCGUGCUGUAUUUAAAUCAGAUGGGCGUAUUGAACUUUGUCGAUGACGGUACGUUACCUGGAUGUGCCGUUUUAAAACUAAGUGAUGGCCGUAAACGUUCGAUGUCACUUUGGGUCGAAUUCAUAACCGCUUCCGGAUACCUAUCGGCGCGUAAAAUGCGUUCCCGUUUCCAAACCCUCGUAGCACAAGCGUGCGACAAAUGCUCGUACAGAGACUCCGUUAAAAUGAUAGCCGAUACGACCGAAGUUAAAUUGCGUAUUCGCGAAAGGUACGUGGUGCAAAUCACCCCCGCGUUUAAAUGUGCCGGCUUAUGGCCGCGUUCGGCCGCACACUGGCCCUUGCCGCAAAUUCCCUGGCCGCACCCGAAUUUAGUCGUCGAGGUAAAAACGGAAGGCUUCGAUCUUUUAUCUAAAGAAUGCAUAGCGCUUCAGGGCAAACAGUCCGCGAUGGAGGGUGACGCUUGGAUGCUGUCAUUUCUCGAAGCCGAAAAUCGUCUGCUGCAGGGAGGUUGCCGAAGAAGGUGCCUGAGCAUUUUAAAAACUUUACGCGAUAGACACUUAGAUUUACCCGGAAACCCCGUCACCGGCUACCACAUGAAAACCCUCAUACUUUUCGAAUGCGAAAAGCACCCCCGCGAAAGCGAAUGGGACGAAUCGUGCCUCGCCGAUCGCAUCAACGGGAUAUUCCUACAAUUAAUUUCGUGCCUUCAAUGCAGGCGAUGCCCGCACUACUUUUUACCAAACGUAGAUUUAUUCAAGGGAAAAUCGCCGACAGCUCUGGAAAACGCCGCGAAACAAGUCUGGCGACUAACCAGGGAGAUGUUAACAAAUUCCCGAUGCUUUGACAAGUUAUAGUAUUGUAAACUAUAAAGUGACCUCCUCAGUACAAAGUAUCACCCCCUAUUGGUACAAACAAUUUCCCUCAUCGGCGAGACGGAAGAAAGUGAGACUGUGAUUUAAAGUAUAGUGAACUAUUAUAAUUAUAUUGUAUUCUUUUUGUAAUAAAAGGGCAAAUUUUUUAAUUUAA